AAGUACGUUCACGCCACGCCAGUUCACCUCAGUUCACGCGGAAUCGGAAUGAGCGAAGGGCAGCGAAGUGUUUCGCUCGGAGUUACGUGAUCGGUGGUGGCCCACGGCACGCAACGACGACGGAGAUGUGCGCGCGUCCCCUCGCCCCGCGUUCAUAGAGUGGACGCUGCGAUUUUGACCAUUUUGACGACGCGCAGUAAUGUCGCGCGGCUCGCAGACAUCCGCCCGAUUCUCGUCGGCGCCGGCGGCGUCGCGCCACCAGGACGUCGCGGUCGCGCCGCUGCCGAAGGCCCUGACGGACGAGUCGACGUUGGCGAGGUAUUUCCGCGCGGGCAACCAGCGCGGCAUCGCCGUGUACCUCGACCAGCUCAAGAGCGACCCGAAACGAUGCAGGGAGUUCGCCAAGCGAGCCAACUGCCUCGACAUCCUCGUCCAGCUUCUGCGCUGCGAGAACCACCGGAUCGUCGACCGGAGCCUGAGCAUACUCGCGGACGUUUGCAUGACCGACGACGUCAGGGAGAAGGUAAAGAACAGCAAGAUAGGAUUCAACGUAGUAUUCAUAAUAGAAAACCUCGAGUGGAAUGCCAUGCUGCACUGUCGUGCUUGCAGGCUCGUCAGUAACUUAUCGGAAUGUAGCUGGCACGCUGAAGAAUUAUGCAAUGCUGGAGUGAUGAAAGCACUUGUGACACUCCUAACGUCAAAAACCGACGUUCAAACUUAUUGCAUGGCUGUCAGAGCUGUAAGGAAUAUCUGGAACGUUUACAAAAACAUUAGGGAGACGAUGGUGGAGUUGGAAAUCGUCAAGCUGAUUGCUCAAUUAUUCGUUACGGCCGAAGAGAGGUCCAAUGUGGAUGCUAAGUACGGCAGACUCGUGGACGCGUGCUUGAAGGCCAUGUGUACAUUUCUCGACACUUUAGACCCGCGAUGCGCACAACAGAUGCAUGUGAACAAGAACAUGUGGGGCUACAAGUGUCUUAUGCGUUGCUGUAGCACGGGCAACAAUAAGAUGGCUGUUAAAUGCCUUUAUACUCUCUGUCAGAUAGCGGAAUGUCGAUUAAAUCUAGGUAUUUCUGGCACGGUCGAGGAGCUCAUAGCGUUGAUAAACACGGCGGACGCCAACUCCAACCUUCUGUGCAAGGAGAUGCUGAUUAGCCUGUGUUUGUUUUGUCGAGAAGCAGUAAAUCGAGACAAGAUCAGGCAGAGCGAUGGAUUGCAGGUUAUCCUGGCGCUGUUGAACAAGCCGGAGCACGAACAUCACCAUCUCAAAUUGUUGGAAGCUCUCUCACUGUUCAUCCACGACGAAAUCGGCCUCGACAUUCUGACGAGACACGGCAUAUUGGAGGUUCUAGUAGCGAAACUGACGAAUGUCGUAGCUAAGAACAGUGAAAGGAACAGCGCAUCAAGAAAACGUCCCAGCGACUACCUGAUCGAGGAUUAUUACAAGAAACCUUCCAAGUACUCCACUUCGAGAUACAGUAUGGAUUACUACCGCGACGAUUGGAGUCCGAGGAGCGCUACAAGUGCCUCCUCCUCGUCGUCACCUAGCACACCGCCCUUGCCACCUUACUUCGACUUGAACGCAGAAAUUGAUGAUCUCGAAGAUGACGUUUACAGCCCGGUUUACAGCGAUAAAGAAUGCGAUAACGAAGAAGAAGAAGCUGCUUCCCCUAAGAGCUACAAAUCAUUAACAACUGUCGAAGCUGAUUCCGAUUCUUCUUCUCUCAACUCUGAGACAUCUUCGGAAACGAAUGCUUGUGAAUACUAUACGUUAUUUCUGCUGAGUAAACUGAGUCUCUCCGUUAAGCCCAUCGACAAAUUGGCUGAGUCCACGACCAUCAAAUCGUUGAUGGAUUAUAUAAAAUACACAAAAAAGCAAAACGCCCUAAAAAGCACCGCAAUCAAAAUAUUGGCGAGAAUCAUGGGGAACCCGGUGUAUUUCAUGCCGUUGCUGAAGCAGGGAGUGGUAUUUGAAAUGCAAACUCUGCCGGAAACGGAAGAAUGCACGUCCUAUUUGCGCACGGUGGCGGAAACCGGCGGUGCCAUCGGGCAGCUAUCGUUUAUAUUGCAGCGCGGCGAAGAGGAGGACAAACUGCUGACCGCGGUAUCGAUACCGCUUCUCAUUAAAACACAGUGUACUCUCAAGUGUUUGCUGAAGAAAUGCGGUGGACUGCAACUGAUAUUCGAUCUGCUAACAGAUUCGUCGCAUAAGUUACACAAGCGGGCGAUCUGGUCAAUCUGCCAGUUGGCGAAAGCGCUUGAGAUCCAUUUGGACGAUUACUCGAUCACUGAAACGAUGACAAAGGUCGGCGAGCUGUGCGAUUACCCGAGAUUACCUUUCGGCGAGAGAAAUCGUACGAAAUCACCUGUAUCCUCGAUGGUGACGUUCGAGCUGGAUGACGGCACGACCAUUAAGGCUUGCAGGCGAAUGCUAUGCAAGUGUUCGCCCGUCUUCUCCGUCAUGCUGGAGGGUAACUUCAGCGAGUCGAGUAAAAAACGAAUACGAUUGAGGGACGUGUCGCGCGACGGCUUGAAGACGCUGAUACUAGCGGCGAGCGGUGCCGCUAGCAUUGUAUAUACGUUCGAGAAUCGAAGCAUCGAGUCGCUGCUGGACGCUGUGCUGCUGGCCGACUAUUUCCUCAUGCCGGACCUGGUAGACACGCUGACUGAGAAAUCCUUAAAUAAGCUCAAUCACGAGAACAUCUGUCGAGCUUGGCGUUGGGCCAGGAACCACUCCUGUCACGAAUUUAGAUCUUAUUGUGUCAGGAGCUUACUAACCGCGAAAAUGUCGUGGAGUGAAACGAUGCGGACGUUCCGUGAGUUCUACAUCGCCAAUGCCUUCGACGAUUUACUAUGCGAGAUCAAGGACGAGUUACUAUGCGACAUCAAGGACAUAAUCAUGGAUGUGUUGUGCCAAUGUUAAAGACAUUGGAAAGACAGUUAUCGAAUUCGGAUCAGUGCAAUUAUGAUGAAUAAGGAUGAUUUUUCGAUCUGUACAAUAAAUCUUCGAAGAAUGGGCUCUAAGAUAAUAAUAGAGUAAACUUGACUUUUUUAUCAUUAAUUUAUGUUUGCUCUAGUCUCCGGAAUCUUUUUAUGGAAAUUCUUUGCAUAAGCAUGGCGCAUUUCUAAUGGCGAGGUUAUUUGAUAAUUAUACAGGACGUCUCUGAAAAAAAUAAUCUUUUUAAUAAAGGUGAUAGGAGAGGUGAAGUGGAGUAAAAAAUGUUGUAGCAAUAAUGUCGAAAACGCAUAGUUAGUCAGAUAAAUGUUGAUAAGUUUUCGAUACGACCACCAUUUUUCUUAUGCAAAAUUCAAUUUGUUGCAAAAGUUAUUGCUGUAUCUCUUGUACAUCUGCAACAACAAUGUUACUUACAGCAAUGAUAGAAUUCCAAAAAUUCUCUUUAUUUUUGAAUGUAUUUGUAUAAACUAUUCGUCUUAUUGCAUCUCAAACAUAAAAGUCUGAAUAAAUUAUAAAAAGAAUCAAGAUCGUGUGUUUAAAAACGAUGUAAAAAGUUCGAGUCAAUAAAAUUCAAGAAGAUCAUGUAAUCGAAAUGCAGACAUAAAAUCAUAUCUGUGAUCUGUGAAGUUUAUCAGAGUUUAAGUAAUGUUAUUAAUAUUAAACAUUGAUGCGUUUAACAGUUUAUUUAACAUUUAUCUAAUAAGAUAUGCAUUUUUGAUAUUAUUAGAGGCAUCUUUUUCAGAGACACAUAUUCUUGUAACUAUCGUUAAACAUCUCUCGUUACAUAUAUUAAUUCUGUACAUAUGUUAAGAUGUUCCAAGCAUUUGUACAUAAUACAGUUAACAAAUAGAAAUACUUAUAAAAUCAUCAUCUUCCAUGUAUUAAUGUUUUUUUGUAUUUAAAAAUAUACAAUAAAUUCUGUUCAUGAAAUGUCUCAAAAAUAUAA